AUGGCCGACGACGGGCGUCGCCGCCCACCGCCGCCGCCGCAGUGGGCCGACGCGCUCGGGACGUACAAUCCCAACUUCUCCCUCACGCCCCAAGUGCUCGCGAUCAUGCGCGCGUUCUUCGCCGACUUGCGGCCGGACGACGAGGGAACGAUCAGCCGCGAGGCGCUGGCCGACGAGAUCGCGCGACUGGCUCCGAGUCUGGCGACGGACCAGCGCCUGGACAUGGCCCCGCGGGACGAGCGACUGGACUUUGCUGCGUUCUGUGAGUGGGUCAUGCGGUGCAAGGCGCAGCACCCGCAGUCGGUCCAGAACGUCUACACGUCGUGGGCGACGCAGCUCGCGGCGCUCGACUUUGGCCUGAGCGACGGCGAGAGCCUCUUGUUCGACUGGAACCACUCGGCGCCGCCGGCCCACGAGUCACUGGCGCGCGAGACAGUUCCGUGCGAGAUUGUCCAACUGUUGCAACGUCGGCGGCUCGCGCGAAAGCGGCCCGAAAGCAGCAGCAGCAGCGCCGGCGCGCCAAACGUGCGCUCGCAGCACGAGCACGAGAUCGUAUCUGGUGCCGACGGUGGGCAAAACGGUCGUCUGGACGGCACAGGGCCAGCCCACGAGGCAGUGUGGAAUCCAGCGGACCGCAAGCUCGUCGAUGUAGCAGCGGAUCAGACCGUCGGAGCGGACGGAAACAAAGACUCGAUGCUGACGGUCUCCAAGUCGUUCCUUGCCGGUGGCAUGGCAGGCAUUGUCGCCAAGUCGGCUUUGGCUCCUCUGGACCGCAUCAAGAUCCUCUUCCAAGUAGACGACCAGCGCAAAUUCAAUUUCCGCAAUGCUCUCCGGAUGGCCAACCAAAUAUACGUCCACGAUGGAUUCCACGCACUGUUUCGAGGAAACAUGUUGAACAUCCUGCGCGUUAUUCCGUACGCAGGACUACAGCACUCGGGCUUUGACUUCUUCAGGCACAAAUUCCACGCGCACAACUUCAAGAAAGCAGAAAAAGAGGAGGGCGCUCAUGUGCCGAAACUCAGCAAUGUGCAGCUCGUGACGGCCGGGUCACUGGCAGGAGGAGUCUCGUUGAUUGUGGCGUACCCGCUGGAUAUCGUACGCGCGAGGUACAUGGUGCAGAUGGGGAAGCACCGCUACACUAGCAUUUGGGAAGCUGUAGUCACGAUGUACAAGGUCGAUGGUAUGCGGUCGUUCUCACGCGGACUGUUGCCAUCGCUGCUUGGUACGCUGCCGUACACUGGCAUCGGGUUUUCGCUAAACGAGCGAUUCAAGGCGUGGGCGCUUGAGUUUCAGCACCGGCGGUUGGAGCGGAAACAUGGGCAGAGUGUGCCCGGUGCAGGCCUGAACACGUUGACAAAGUUUGGUUGCUCAUAUCUCGCGGCAUGUAUCGCACAAACCAGCACGUACCCAUUAGACACAAUCAGGAGACGUAUCCAGACCGACGGCUACGCUUCGCGAUCUCGGGCCGAAAUUCGAUAUACAGGUGUCAUUUCGACGGCACGAACCAUUCUUGCGCGAGAAGGCUGGCGGGGUCUAUUCAAAGGCGUGUCAGUAAACUGGAUGCGGAGUCCAGUAUCAACUGGCAUCAGCUUGACGGCAUACGAUAUUCUAAAGGAGGUGAUGGGGGUCGAAAAAAUAGAGUGA